AUGGAAGCUCGUGCCGUCAACCCUGCACGCUUCCAAUGGUCCGAGGUAGACAUUCACAAGGCUGAGAACAAGGACUGGUUUGAUAAGUAUUGCUUCGAUGUACCUGUCAUACAUUUUGAUGCGUUGGGCAAGCACAAGAUCAUGCACCACAUCAAGAAGGAGGAUAUACUCACGAAGCUGGCUGAGGUUGAUGGUCUUUGA